ACUUCAAAAUAAAAAUAUUAAGUUAGUUUGAAGAAAAAACGAACCAGUCAACAAUAAUAAUCCAUGCAUAAUAAUUUUAUUUACUGUGCAUUUGUAAGAGGCAAAUAUGAGAUAAUGAGUGACUUCAGAUUGUUGAUAUAGUACAAACAUGUUAAAACAUUAUACAAUAUUAAAAAAAGAGCUGUAUACGAACAUAACGAAUUUAUCUAAAUUCAACAAAUUGUUGUUUAUGUCAUACUCUAACUUAAGUAUCGAACGGUGCUUAUGAUUUUUUUCAUUCUUCGUAAAUUCGUUUCGAGGGGUUCAAAGGUCAAUAAGAAGUAUAUUUAUGCAGUUUGAGGCAUCUACGGGAGAUGAUUUGUCAUAAAUGACCGCAUUAAUAGGCAGACAACUUAUGGAUCUUUCCCCCCGAUAUGAAUAACGGUGUACGUGCAAUGAACUGAUUUAGGUCAUGGUAGUGAUCUACUGCCAUGCAAUUAUUUUUGGUAAAAGUGUCAUGUCAAUAUACAUACAUAUGUUUGCAUAUUAACUUAUGUAUAAAAUAAACUUUUGAUUUAUAUUCAUACUCAUUGGUUAGUAACUAGUGGAACUACUGAAUUGAAACAACAACUACCGAUGGAAUGUAGGUAAAUUAGACUAUCUCAGAGAACAACGUUUCUUUAUUACACUUUACAUACUCAGUUAUAAUAGCACAUGUACGUACAUAUGAAUAAAGAAAGCUUGAUUGAAAUAUAAGCAACGGAGAUUGUUACCCAACUCGCGCGAUGUAUUCAUAUAUGAGUUGUUCGUAUCUCUGUCUUUACGUAUCUCGGCGUUUGACUGCAAUUGACUGUAUCAAAUGUGUUGUAUUUGAGUGCCAUCGAGUCGGCUGCAAUGCUGUGGAAAGGUGCACAGCGCUCUGACCGGCGUUGUGCUGCUUUUGGUGCACCGACGAGCAACGGGUUUCUUGAAUGCUUAGCUGAGUAGUGACUUACAUUUCUGUAUUCGUAUUUGGUAUCUUGAAGUAAGCGGUAGUUCGUUUGGACUCAGUGGUCACGGUUUAUGUUUGGUUAAAGAAGAUAGAAAGGCAUUCGGCCGUGGCCAGUUUUCGCGUGUAACAGAAACAUUUUUAUUUCUACUGAUUGCUUACAUUAUCAACUGUAGGCUGCACGUUGUAAACAUAUUUUGUUCGCUAUUCGGUAUAUGCACGUACUUUUAAGCAUAUUAAUACCUUUUUAAAAAACGUUUGUAAAUGCGGUUAGUAGAUCCGAAGUUAUUAUAUUGAUAUUGUGUGAAGGUGAAGCGGUUGAAUUUGCCUGACGUUCUUUUUGUUUGCUAUGAUUUCCUUCUUCUAAAAUUAACAGGUUCUUAGCAAUUAAAAUGCUGGAGCCUGGAAUUACUAUUAUUUAAAGAUCAUCGAACCGAAACAUACUCUAAGUGCAUAUUAAUGCUGAAAAUAUAAUAAAUAGUAAAUACUACUUCCACGAAUAAGUGUACAAAUAUUAAAAUGAAAAGGUACAAAAACGUAUAUCACAUGUUACCUUUUGCAAUUUCAGUUCCCCUAAGACACAUAUACAUUAUAUUGAUUUAAGUAUGUAAAUAAAUGUUAGACUUUUAAUAUAUGUAUGAACGCAAUUACAUGUACAGACACAUUUGUAAAUAUAUUUGUAACAUUAGUCAAUUUGUGAAAAUAUGACUGAGAAUUAAUUUGGAUCGCGUUACCUAGGUCUUUUUAAACUUUUUGUAAAUUACCGUCAAUAAGUCCCCAAUUGAACAAUCAAAAUUAGUAAUAAUAUGGAAAACUUGUUAACUGCUUCAAAACUGCAACUUUUCUGUUAAAUAGUAUGAAAGCAGAUAUGUUAAUAUAACUAACAUAUGUAUGAAAUAUCAGCGCAAGCUAUUUGUUUUUGUUUCAAGUCUAUGUUGGAACAUAUGUACUAGUAUAAGUGCAUACGUGCGUACAUAUGUUACGUACAAAUGUACGAUCAAGCUGCUACAAGAAUGAAAUCUGCAGUAAAAACAUAUCAAAAAUUACACAAAGAGUAUCAUUUAGGAAAAUGAGAGCAGUACAUACACGUCUGUUCAAGUGUACGUAAGAAGCAUCUACGAGUAUAAGCGAACUUGCAUUUUAAAACUGAGCCGAAGCAAUGAAUCACCUGCUUGUAAAACCGGGCCGAGCUGUUUUACUUGAUGCGCUGGUGCUUUGGUACCAUUCACUGCGAAAAAUUCGAGCAGUAAUGUUGCGCCUUCUAUAUUUUAACUACGUUAACUGCUAUGCGGUGAUAUAGUUAGUAAAAUGUUCAUUUGCAAGAACUCUAUUCUUGUACUAUUAACUACGAAAAUUUAAUAAUUUUAAUUACUGUGCUUAAAAGUUAAUGCCGCUCAAACUGUGUCUACGAAAUGUUAACCGAAAUAUAUACACAUGUACUAUGUAGUGCGAAAGUUCAAUGUUCAUUGAUUUUUCCCUUGCAUAUAUUGAAUAUUUAUGUAUGUAUGUAUGCGCAAUCAUAAUUGUGUGUUAUUGUGAAAGUUGCCAAAGAAAAGCAAUAGAAAGUGAAAACGGUAGAUACUCUCUUAGUCUAAUUACAUAGGAUUAUUAACUGAUGUAAUAUUUUGAAUUGUUGAGAGUUAAUAUCUAAUAUCUUCAUCAUUAGUUAUAAAAAGCUUCAAAACAUUUUAUGAAAAAUAAAGAGCGUAUAUACAUAUCUCAUUUUGCUUCAAGGUUUUUUUUAUACUUGAAUCAAUAUCUUCUCAGUUUUUUGUAUUUAUAAUAUACCUUGAAUUUAAGGAUUCCAAAGCCUUAUAAUUAAACAAAAUGCACGUUUUAAUCGAAUGUCUCUUUUUUAACAAUUCAUUUGCUAUAUUAUGACAACAACACAGUUACUUCUCUACAAUCAGUGGUAGAAAAGGUUUUUUCGGUAGGAUGACCACUAGUUUCACUUCCUAUCGUCGUAGCAAAGUAAAAAGUAAAUCGAAUAACGACAUUUCUUCUAUUGUUGCUGAGAUGAAUGGUGUUAGUGGUAUAGCAGAUAGCUUACCUCAGCACAUAUCUAACGAUGAUAUCUCAAAUUUUGCUGAAAUGAUGGACACAACUGUGCGAAAAGAGAUCAAUCUCUCCAAUGAAGAUGUAGCUGUUGUACGCAAAGAACAUAAUAAUCGACGCAGCGUUGUAAGCGCGAAUACUCAAAUGGACAACGAUGUCACACCGGUCUACUUGGCAGCGCAAGAAGGGCACUUGGAGGUGCUAAAAUUUUUAGUGCUUGAAGCUGGUGGUUCUCUCUAUGUACGCGCACGCGACGGUAUGGCACCGAUACAUGCUGCUUCUCAAAUGGGAUGUUUGGAUUGCCUCAGAUGGAUGGUGCAAGAUCAGGGUGUUGAUCCAAAUCUACGAGAUGGAGACGGUGCUACACCACUACAUUUUGCCGCGUCAAGAGGACACCUUUCCGUAGUACGAUGGUUGCUUAAACAUGGGGCAAAACUAUCGUUAGAUAAGUAUGGCAAGUCACCCAUUAACGAUGCAGCAGAAAACCAACAAGUAGAGUGUCUUAAUGUGUUAGUGCAACACGGUAGUACAAUAGACUAUGGUUGUCGGGACAGGAAUCCACAACAACGACAGAAAACUUGUUCCUUAUCUAAUAAGGAAUUUCAAGAGAUGAAAAAUUGCAGUUUCAAUGGUAGUGAUGGAGGCAACUGUAUCAAUAAUAGCUCACACGGAAGCUUUAACUCGAACAGUAGUAAACAGACUAGUUGCAGUAACACCAUUAAAUCGAAGACAUCUUCGACUUUAAGCUCAGAUAUUGAGCCCUUUUAUUUGCAUCCACCAUCGACUUCUAUGACCCAUAAACGCAUAGAGGCCAUUUAUGCACACUCUCAACAAUCGCGCUCAUCUUCUGAAAAAUUAUACAAUGGGCAAAUGGUGCCGAAUGAUGGCUUGUAUGUCAAUCCAAUGCGUAACAGUUUCUUUACUCCUCCUUCCCCGACCGGCAGUGUUUCAGGAGAAUCAUUUUUCCUCCACGACCCUCAUGAACUAAUUUAUAAUCGAGUUCGGGAGUUGUUCGAUUCCGAUUGUAACAGUGCUGGAAAUUUAAAUCCGAAAAUUAAUCGCCACAAAACUCACAGUCAUAACAAAAUACAUAAAUCAAAUACCAUAAACAAUGCAGUUGUUGUACAAGCAGAUGUUCACUCCAGUUCAAGUGGUACAGGAAGCGGAUCAGAAGAAUCUAUUUCCGUUUCUAUUCAAUCGAAUAUGAAAUUAUCCAAAACAAACAAUUUUCGAAGUCAAAGUUUUAAUCUUCACACUAAAUGUAAUAACGAAGUUAGCAGCCACGAUCAAGGCUUCAGCGCCAGCACCAGCACAAAAAGCAUCAGCAAUGAUAAAAAAAAAAUUAAUGCCAAUUUAAUUUCUGGAAUCAACUAUAAUAAAAUCAACAACAAUAAUAUUAAAAUUGAUAAACAAAAUCAAGAAGCUAAACAACCUAAAACAAACUAUUUAAACAAUGACAAGCUGAAACCAGAAAGUUCACAUGACCAUGAUUACGAGGAUAUAUAUUUAGUUCGUGAGGAGGCGCGAAAAAACAAAAGCAAAUGUGGUUCUGGACGAUCACGGUCCCGUGAUAGUGGGUCUCAUUCACGCUCAGCUAGCACUUCCUCGACUCGAAGUUCAGAUUUCGUACUACAAUACAGCAAUCAUAAUAUGAACAACAAACAGCAAAGUGAGCGGCUAAAUCGAAAUAAAUCACAAUCGACUAUAGGAAUAAAUAGCAAACCCAAAUACGAGUUAUCGCAAAAGGAAAGUUUCACCGUUAAAAAUGUCAAUCUAAAGAACCUGCUCAACGCUAGUAGCAAUAUCAAUUGUGGUGUUAAAAGCGACACAUAUGAAAGUGUGUGUCCAAUAGAAGAUGUUGCUGAGCGCACCAAGCAGUCACAGAAAAACUCCGUUAUUCGAAAUAAUCUUGAUUACGGUAGCACCGGGAACACCUGCAAUAUAUUCCACCCAACAUGCAAUGAUGGCAACACAUGCGAUCGCCAGUUAAAACGAGUUUCAUCUGCUCCGCCUAUACAAAACAUAGAAAUCGUAAGUGGGCCUCCACCCCCUCCACUGCCGCCACCGAUGAACGCACUUUUACACAAAAGAAUGCAAUUAGUUACAUCAGAUCCCAUGAACUUUUGUAUUAGUAACUCAAAUAGUAACUUGGAUAAUAUAGAUUCCGAUUCAGGACUUGAGGUGAUUGAGGAACCCAGUUUGCGUCCAUCUGAGUUGAUCAGAAGCAAACACAACCGAACAAUGUCUACAAUAUCAGCAAACAAGAAAGCUAAACUUCUUAAUGGCGGUUGUAAUGAGAAUAUACAAAACUCUAUGUCAAGUGCAACUAUUAGUUGUGUUACAACUAGCAGAGAAAACUUUGCUUGUGACAGUUAUCACGAUUGCAAUAAACAGAAAGAUGAGAGAAUUCAAGUGCACAAUUACCAUUCAAACCAAGCAGAUGUCCAGCAACAUCCAAUGCCCCACAGCUAUCAGCAAUCUCAAAUGUAUGGAUCUUCUGCCGAAGAUCAUUACGAACUACAACUGGCACAAUAUGGGUACAGCAAUUCAAAUGGGAGCAUAGUAAGUGGCACACGUCCUGGUGGUCCGAACUUAGUUAAUAAACAGUUAGUACUUCCCUUCGUGCCACCCAGUUUUCCAAACAAAUCGCAAGAUGGCGUAACACAUCUUAUAAAGCCAUCUGAAUAUCUAAAGAGUAUAAGUGAUAAACGAUCCUGCCCUUCUUCAGCAAGAUCCACAGAUACUGAAGAUUACAUGCAUAUACAGGUGGCUAAUCAGCACGGAGUUAACUGCGACCCUCCAAAGCCUCCACCUCCGCCACCACUCCCAAUUCAUCCUUUAAUGCAUCACAAUGAUAAGCAAAACAAUAUAAAACCAGGAAACGUUAAUCAUGUAUCUGUGGUUAAUCAGGACACUGCCACCCGCAAGCAGCAUCAACCUCUUUCCGCCAUCUCCAUUCAAGAUCUUAACAGUGUUCAGCUUCGUCGAACUGAUACCCAAAAAAUGCCCAAACCAUAUCAAAUGCCAGCACGCAGUCUAAGUAUGCAGUGUCUUACCACGUCAGCGGAUUCUUACCUUAAAACGGAUUUAAUUGCCGAAUUGAAGAUGUCAAAAGACAUUACGGGCAUUAAGAAAAUGAAAGUAGAGAAACAGUUGGCCGGUCAGUUUGACAUUGAACAUUAUUCCGAAAUUUCUAAACAAUUUUCGACAAACAAUUAUAUGGAUCAGAUUCCAGAAAAAGAUCAGGCUGGUAACAUCAUUCCGGAUUGGAAACGCCAGAUGAUGGCAAAAAAGGCAGCCGAACGAGCCAAAAAAGAAUUCGAAGAACGAAUGGCUAAGGAAGCAGAGAAUAGGCGCCUCUCACAAAUACCUCAGUGGAAACGUGACCUACUAGCCAGGCGAGAGGAAACCGAAAAUAAAUUAAAAGCAUCAAUUUAUACACCCAAGGUGGAGGAAAAUAAUCGUAUAGCUGAAACUUGGCAACUUAAGAAUCGGGCAAUUUCAAUUGAUAAUAUUAAUUUAGUUUCUCCGAGCGUUGAUAACCUGCAAAUUGCUCCCGGAACUUUUGAUAAUAGUAACAAGGAAAAUAAGGUACAAAAUGAACAAGCUCCGAUGAUCAACAUUCCAGUAUCAGAUGAUGAUAUCAAUAGUAAUCAAUACAACAAAGGAGAUGAAGUCGAUAACAUUAUACCAUGGCGAGCCCAGUUACGAAAAACGAAUAGCAGGCUAAGUUUAAUUUAAGAACGAAAAUAUUUUAACACUAUAUCAAAUUUACUGUAAUUGUGAGUUUAAAAUAACUACUAGAGAAUUUAAUUUUUGUUAUUUACAGUUUAUAUGUGUAAAACAGAACUUGGUAGUAUUAACACUUAUACUACUUUUGGGAGGUAUCCACAUACUCUCUUGUAUUAAUUCAAAUCAGUAACUUUGCUGUUACUUUUACAUGCCAAAUUUUUUACAUAGCAUGGAGAGCAAUGUCGAAUCGAAAAAAGCUAGCAUAUGUAUUUUAUAAGGAUACGAUGUGGUACGACUUUUUUGCUUGAACUUAGUAAAAUAUACAUAUGUGUAUGUCUCGUACACUUAAGUAAGAACAAUGGUACAUUUACCCAUCAAAAUUACAUUUUGGUUUGAAAAGAAAAUCACAGUAACAAUAUUCUGGAAAAAUACGUUUUCCGACAAUUAAUUUAUUUUAAUAUAAAAUUUAGAUUUUCGAGAAAUAAGUUAUUUUACCGUAGGCUAGACAACAAACGGCGUUGUCAACAAUAAAUAAUGAAAGAUAAACACUUUCAAACAACAACAUCGGUGUAUUCAUUGUCAAUAUAAUAAAGAUCUUAUAAAUAUUUAUCUAUACAUAUGUUAUUAAAGUUGUUGAAAAAAUAUAAAUUCACACACAUACAUACAUACUUUUGUAAUAUACAUACUGUUUUGUGCAUAAUACUUAACUUUUACUUAGCAUACUAUAUACAUUCAUAUGUACACACUUCGUCAAGUUUACACACAUUUACAUAUGUAUGGUAUUAUUCUUAAUUGACUAUAUUAUGCCCAACUAUAAUUUACAAUAAAAAGAAAUUUGAUAAUAUUAAACUUAUGCAUUGAAACUUUCGAUGUUCAUUGUCCACCUCUUUUUUGGUGUUAGCUAAGAAUGAUAGAGAUAAGAAUACGAUUGCGAUCAAGGCUGACGUCAUAAAGCGAAAAUGAAAAGAGGCAACGUAGAAAAACUAACAUUGUUGGUGUUGCCUAUUCCAUUUCAUAUUGCUUGUGUGUUUUCUGAAAUUGUAAAAUAAUUACAUUUGCAUAUCACAUUCAAAAUAUUUAAUUUUCUUCUUUUUAUAUCUUAUAUAUAAAAAUGCACAGUUAUUCGUUUAUUCCUACAGAAAGUCCUAACGGAGGAUUUUUUUGCAAAGUCACUGCCGAUACACUCGAUGAAUGUUGAACAAAACAUUACCAUAUAAUUACACAGGGCAUGCGACGCGCCCUCUUCUACUCUUUUUCUACAACGUUAUACAUUAUAACCUCUAUAUAAAGUCGGUAAGUUAAAAGUAAUGCAUUACUCCUCGCAUAUCACAUAACAAUCGAUUUCUGAUCGUAUUUUUAUCGUAAGCGCAGCCGCGGAUUAAACCUAGUAAAAUAUGAAUGAAUGAUGGUGAAAAAUUUUACUAUAGCGUAAAUAAAUUUUACAUUGUGCUAUACCAAAUGGAUUUUAAAAUUUUGACAAUUGAUAUUUUUGUCUUGCUAUUUAAAGCAUUAAGUACAUUCAUAAAAUUAAUAAAAUUUAAAGAAAAAUAUGUGCUUUGCUAAUGGUAAUACUAAGGGAGCAAAAUGAAAUGAAUUCAUUUGAAGGUUUGUGUUUAACUAGAAACUUUAGUCCAAUGCUAAACUACUACUACGCUCCUUACAUUCGAUAUACGUACAUAUGUAUGUAUAUACUUAUAUUCAGUUUUUAACGAAACUCUUGAGGAUACUUUUUCAUUAUAGAAUUAUAACUGAAAUUGAGCAUAUUUAAGGAUUCAUUCCAACACGUGUACAAAAAGUGUGUAAAUUGUGCAAAAUAAAUGUUCAAAGUUCCGAAAUUUCAAAGUUCUUUAAUGAAAAGCUUAACUAAGGAAUCACGGUCUAUUUAAUGUUCUCUUGUAUACUAAAUUACAUCUUACGGUUAUUUGUAAAAAAUAAAGAAAUAAUCCCAACAUCUUGCUUCUUUUGCUACCGCAGAUGAGAGAUUGACGAGCAAGUAA